ACCCAACCCUGCGUUCGAUAAGGUAGAAUAGAACACGCAGCACCUGUGUCCGUUGAUUUUAUCUCUUCUUCUUCAUCAUCAUCACGAAACUCAGACCAAAUUGUGUGUUGCAGAGAUGGAUUAUUCGGGCUACAACUACCAGCAGCAGCAACAACAACAUUCCUAUGGCUACGACCCUUCUCAGAUCCAAAUCCAACCCUACGAUCAAUCCUAUGCCUAUCAACAAUACUACGCAUACAAUUCCCAAUACGCUUAUUUUCCCAACACACAUCAAGGCCAGUUUCAAUUCCAAUCCGAACCCGCUCCUCUUCACCCUCCCGGAGUCAACCCCACCGUUCCGGAGUCCGCCCCGGACCAUAAAUUGACAACUUAUCAAGGAUUGCUAGAUCAACAGUAUCUUGAGGCUCAUAGAGAUAGGCAUGAAUUGAGCCAAGUCCCUGGUGAAAGGACUGGACCAUCUCAAUACAGAGGUAGGGGUGGCCGGGGUGGUAGACCAUUUAGAGGGGCUGGUCGUGGUCGGGGCCAUGGUAGGGGCCAUGGUGUGGGGGGUGGUAGACACGCGCCAUCUCAUUCUUCUGGUGCUGCUAUUUCUCAUGCGGCAGGUGCACCUGCAGCUGCUGGGACUGGUUCAGCGAUAGACCCUUCAUCAUCAGUCUCUGUGCCAACACAAUUACCUAAACAAGCUCGAGUGCAACCACCAGCACCACGUAAGGUAUGCUGUGAAAUUUGUAAGGUUGAGUGCAAUACUCCAGAAAUCUUGGAGCAACACAAGAAUGGGAAGAAACAUCAGAAGAAUAUGAGGGUGCAUGAAGAACUGCAAAGGCGCAAUGCUCUAAAUGGACAACAGAAUGCGCAAAUUCCUACCUCUCAAUUGAAUUUGACAGAUCAACCUAAGCAAGUUCAGGAGUCUGAGAAUAAUGGAUCCCCAGCAGAAAAUUUGGGCUCGAGGGUUAUAGUUAAUAAUAAUCACGAGGACGAAACUCAGCAGCAGAAUAAUGUAGGAAACAUUUCCGAGGCUUCUGAAGCACCUGAGGCAAAAAACACGGAUAACUCUGCCGCCACAAGAGGCCGAGGAAUAAAGCGGAAGAAGAAAGGAGGAGGAAAAGGGGGUAAAUACAUGAGAACCAAUGAUGGUUUAAAGCCUGUGGAACCUGCACAAACCAUGUCUUUUAGAUGUGAGUUGUGUGACGUUAAAUGUGAGUCACAAGUUGUUUACCAGAGUCAUGUGACUGGGAAAAAGCACUUAUCGAAACUAAGGCGUGCUCAUGAUCCCCAAGCUUCAUCUGGAGUAGGCCAGCAGCCAGCUCUGUCUGGAGCACUCUUGGGGCUUCAAGCCCUUUACCCUCCUGACAUCAAUGCUCUGUCUAAUGCUAUUAAUGCUCAAGUACAACAAGGUGAUAACGAUCCACAGGUACUUUUGGCUCAGCUCCUGAUGACUGUACUAUCUCAAGCACAAGUUACAGCAGCAUCCCAAGUGACAGGUGUCACUGCUGCUCAGAUGCCUGGACCCAUAUCUAUGGCUGGACCAAGUUAUGAACCCCAGUUGUUGCAGACACAAGUAUCAGAAAUCACACCACAUGUUAAUUUGGAAAAUCCUUCUGGGGAAACAAAAACUGAGGUGUUACCUGAUCCAUCACUGGAGUCAAAAGCUCAGCAAGGCUCAAGUGUCAGCACCCAAAUUGAAGGUGGUGGUUCUGAAACUAAACAAUCGGUGUAAAAUUCCCCCAGUAUAUUUCUGUUGCGACACCCACAGCCAAUUUCAGAAUGUGAAUCUCCCACCUCUUAGUAGGCCAAAGAUGGUUCAAUCUUUCUCUUAAUUUUCCACUUUUUUUCUUCCCGAAAGGGUGGUUAUAUAACUGUUGUUGGGAUUUUCUUUUCUCUCAGAGGUAGAUUUGAAUAUUGUAGGAAUUUGCUCAUAUGGAUGUUGGGAGGUGCUAGAAAUCCUUUGUUUUAUGUUACUGCAAUGCGAAAAUUACCUUUGAGUGAUCAAA